AUGACCAAAGAGACGUGUCUGCAGGAAGAAACUCCUAAGGGAAGACAAGACUUAUCACCUAUAAGGAUUAAAGUGCAGAGUGUUGAACCAUCAGGUCCAUCCAAGCCCAAUCUGCUCUCAGGCUUCCUGUGGGGCAAACGCCCAAAGACCGGACCAGUGGAGAACUCUGUGCUGCCCCCAGUGGACACACAAAACUACUGCAGCAUCAGCCAUGCCUCCUGUGGCCGCACUGACUUGGAUCUGGAGCAGGACCAAAGAGGGCAGGAUGCAGUGGACAAUGACCAGGAACACCCUCCUGUCAGGAUGGGGUGCGAGGUUAAGGAUCUGACAAAUGGUCGGACGCACACGUCGCUGCGGCCAAUGUCUCAUUCUUAUACCAGCCAACGAUUCAGGAGCAUGCACGCUCGGGAGAAAAAGGCAACUCAAAUGUUGGCCAUUGUGCUUGGGGUGUUCCUCAUCUGCUGGCUGCCUUUUUUUGUGACUCAUAUCCUGAAUACCCACUGCAGGACGUGCUACGUGCCUCCUGAACUUUACAGUGCUUUCACCUGGCUGGGAUAUGUAAACAGCGCCCUAAACCCUGUCAUCUAUACUACCUUCAACAUCGAGUUCAGAAGGGCCUUCAUCAAAAUCCUCAGCUGCUGAGACGAAUAAAAUCAUGUCAGGAGAUUAAAUUGGAGACCAUGCUGCGUGCUUGUGCAAUAUCUCAGGAUUUGCGUUUUUGGUAAACUGUGACCCCAGGAUAAACUUCAAUGGAGUUAAACAAACAGCUAUUAAAGGAUGCGGGAAGCAAUAAAUGUAUUUCAAAGCUUGGUUUUUAUUUUCAACAGUAUUAUUCCUCAUAAAAUACCUUAAUUAUUAUAUGCAGACUGUCUUGAGGAGCACAGUGUGUUCUCUUUUAUUUUAGGGGAUUUGUCUUGUAAAGUAUUCUGUAUUUACCUUUCAUCGGUACAGCUCCAUAGUUCAUGAUAUAAAUCUUUAAGCCUUGAGGAGCCAAAAUGGAGCCUUAAGGCUGAUAAAUGGAUAUAUGGGCCUGUUCAUCCAAAGGUCUUCUGAAUCCACAUCAUGUGGAUUAAGUAAUGUUACUCAACUCUCCCACUCAGCCCCUCCUUCAUCUCAAUGACCUUCAGGUACUCACCUGCGCAUGCACGGAUCGAAAUUCACUACUACUGUAUGUAUUAGAAAUGUGCCCAUAGGACAGCGCUGGUUCCUGCCAAGACACAAAGUCAUUUUGGAGAUUUUCAUAUGUGCAGCAGCCAUUGUGCUCGGUGUGGAUUCAUUGAAAUAAAAAAAGGAAAAUUAAGUGUUAAAACCUUUUUUUUUUUUAUUAACUGUAUUUAUUGGCAAUCUCUUCAGCCUCUGCAGCAGGAGUGCAGACUAGGAGCAUUUUUGCCAUGGACAAAUUAACCAAGGCAGAGCAUUGUAAAUGAAAUAAAAAACAAGCAAAAUAA